GCGGAUGUAUUCAGCUUUGCCAUAUGCUUUUGGACAGGUUGUGGUAGAACUUCCCCACCUGUUGGUCCAAACACUUGUCUACAGUGUCAUAGUUUAUGCCAUGAUCGGUUUUCACUGGACGCCUGCCAAGUUCUUUUGGUACAUUUUCUUCAUGUACUUCACCUUGUUAUACUUCACGUUGUACGGGAUGAUGACAGUGGCUGUAACACCCAACCAUAACAUAGCUGCCAUAAUCUCAUCUGCAUUCUACGCAAUAUGGAACCUUUUCUCAGGAUUCAUCAUUCCAAAGACUAGAAUUCCAAAGUGGUGGAGAUGGUACUACUACUUGUGUCCAAUGGCAUGGACAUUGUAUGGAUUAGUAGCCUCACAAUUUGGAGAUAUCCAGGAUAAGCUUGACACAGGUGAAACAGUGGAGCAAUUUAUUAGGAGUUAUCUGGGAUUCAAGCAUGACUUUGUUGGAUAUGUUGCUGUUAUUAUAGCUGGAAUAGGUGUGAUUUUUGGCUUCAUUUUUGCAUUCUCCAUCAAGGUAUUUAACUUCCAGACACGAUAGAAGUUUGAAGAUGCCUAGGAAAUAGAGGUUAGCAAUACACAUUACGCUCUUGACAGAAAAGCAUAACUCUCUUAUCCUGUAAUCUUAAUUUUCUGUACUUUUUGCUCUUCAUAUCUGGCCCCCUUCUUCAUUUC